AAGGUUGCUUUGCAGAGGUCAGCUUUGGACUUAUAAACUGUAUGUUGACCCUAGGCAGUGGUGCUGGGAAGAGGGACAGGUCUAGGGAAGCAGAGAAGGUCUCCUGCUCCUGCCUUGCUUUACUUUCUCACUCCAUCCCUGGAGACCAGAAGACCACGUUAUGAUCCUGCAAUCACUGAGGCAGCUCCUGCCAGAGAGGCAGGUGAAUCCUUCUGCUGCCCUUGCCCUGCUCUGUGGCUCAGCAGCAGCCGUGGUGGUCUGGAAAUGGCUGGGCAAAAGGCAGAUCCAGAAGCAAAUGGAAGAGGCUCGGAGGACCCGGGAUGAGGGUGUGAAGAAUAUAGCAAAGGCUGUCCAGCAGUUCAGGGAGCAGGUCCCCAGUGUCCAAACGGAUGCCAUCCUGUCCCUGCCCCUGCUGGAACUCACUGGGAGGCUGCAGGAAGGGUCUCUGUCCCCCAAGACUGUCCUCUACACCUACUUAGAGAAGGCCCUGGAAGUGACUCAGCAGACAAACUGCUUGCGACAUUUUAUCCCAGAGUGUGAGGAGCAGCUCCGGGAAAUACAACAGCAGAGGGAGAAAGGGCUGCUCUGUGGCAUCCCUGUCAGCAUCAAGGAUCACAUCGGCCACAAGGGGCAUCUGUCAACCUGUGGGCUGGUGCAACGCCUGGGUACUCCGGUGCAGGAGGACAGCAUCCUAGUCAAGGUUCUGAAGAGACAGGGGGCCAUCCUAUUUGCAAUGACCAACGUGCCGCAAUCCCUCUUCAACUAUGACUGCAGCAAUCCCAUCUUCGGCCAGACCUUGAACCCCUUCAACCACCAGAAGAGCCCCGGGGGCUCCUCGGGAGGGGAAGGAGCUCUGAUCGCAGCGGGAGGCUCCAUCCUGGGCAUUGGCUCAGACGUCGGUGGCAGCAUCCGCCUGCCGUCCAGCUUCUGUGGGCUGUGCGGGCUCAAACCCACAGCUGAAAGGCUCAGCUUGUCUGGAGCAGGUGGGCCAGUCAGUGGGAUCCUGGCAGUUCCUUGUGCGCUGGGGCCGAUGGCAAGGGACGUGGACAGCCUAGCCCUGUGCAUGAAGGCGCUGCUCUGCGAGGAGAUGUUCCGGCUGGACCCCACCGUGCCCCCCAUCCCCUUUGAUGAGGAGGUGUACUCCAGCUCUGCUCCCCUGCGGGUCGGGUACUACGACACAGACGGCUACUUCCCACUGCCCCCUUGCAUGCGGCGGGCGGUGCAGGAAACCAGGGGGGCUCUGCAGGCAGCCGGGCACCAGCUGGUGCCCUUUUCUCCACCUCGGAUAAACUAUGUCAUGACUGAGCUGUUUUUGAAGACCUUUUUUGCUGAUGGAGGCGAUGCUUGGUUGGACUUGUUCACAGGAGAUAUUGUAGAUCCAAGCUUGAAACCACAGGUGAAUAGCUGUAAGAUCCCGAGGCUGGGGAAGAAGCUGCUGGCUCUGAUCCUUAAACCUCUGUUUCCCCGCCUGGCUGACUAUCUGAGUGCCUUGGGUGGAAUGAGGUCAGUGAAGGAGAUGUGGAAUCAUCAACACGAAAUAGAGGUGUACCGCACUGAGUUCAUCGCCCAGUGGAGGGAACUCCAGCUGGACGUUGUGCUGUGUCCUGUCCUGGGGCCUGCCUUCACCACGGGAUACCCCGGGAAACUCCUCACUGCCAUCUCCUCUACAAUGCUGUACAACAUCUUGAACUUCCCUGCUGGGGUUGUACCCGUCAGCACGGUGACAGAAGCUGAUGAGGAAGAGCUAAAGCUUUAUCGAGGGUGCUGUGAUGACCCCUGGGACCGGACGCUGAAACAGGCUGUGGCGGGAGCCACGGGUCUGCCCGUGGCUGUGCAGUGCGUGGCCUUGCCAUGGCGGGAGGAGCUGUGCCUCCGGUUCAUGAAGGAGGUGGAGACCCUCAGCCAUGAGAAGAGAGCGGCAUAGCCCCCACAGUCCCACACCUGCAAGGCCAGAGGUGACGUGAAAGGGACAGCACUUUGCAACCAGCAGUGCAGAGAUUACAGCGAGGAGGGAAGGAGGAAGGAAAAGCCGUUUCCUGACCCUGCUCCUUGCCAGUAAGCACGGAUCCUGUAAGAAACCAAGAUGUCAUGCAGAGGGCAGGACUGGAGCUUAAGCUUGGUUCAAAUGAUGAUAAAUCUAUGAACUGCACCUUUCUGGUGGGUGGGAGUUCACCCUCGUUUUCAUCUAUGCUGCCUCUUGCAGAAGCAGGGUGGUGCUGAGAGAAAAGGAUUACAAAAGCUCAAUAGUAUUUUCUUGCUGGCACUGGAGUAACUUUAUAUGGGUGUAACUAUGGGCUGCCCUGUAAGGAAUACAGCCGUGUCUACCCUCCCCAUCACUGUAUUUUACUCACAAAAAUAAAAAUGUAGCUAUUAAGCAACU